AUGGCCGAAAGAGCAGGAUCUUUAUACUAUUCCUCUGCGUUUGAUGCCCAAGUAACGAAAGUCAGUCUCUACUGUGCUCUUCAAUUGGACGAUACGAACUUUGGGGAGCUGACGCUCGUCAACGACGUUUCAGUAUUAUGGAGGUCGAGCAUAUGUGGAAAGGCUCCCGCUGGAACCUCGCUCGAAUCUUCUUCUUCUUUUCGAGAUACAUCCCAAUCGCACAAAUCCCACUCCUCCUUUGUUGUGCGUGUAGUAUUCUCAUUGUUGAUGAUUGCGGACGGUUGGUUAAUAAGCGCCCGUCUAUGGCCUUACCUCCGACAUGGCGGCAACUUAGUGUUCGCUCCCGCACUGCAAGCCAAGGCUUGUUACGGGAUGCACGUGGCGGUUUUGGUCAUUCUGCUUUUAUGCCUUUAUGCUUUGUAUGGCUCGAAGAGGAGACAUGCCCCAGCGUUUUGGGGGUCGUACUUCGUAUAUAUGGGAGUCCAACUGGCAACACUUGUGGUCUAUAUUGUGCACACGAGGCUACCGCCUCUUGCCGUUAGAGGGACAAAUUGCUAUACCACGAACACGUCUUUCGGGGACAGAUUUAUGAUGGCCAAUCGGAUUCUGAGGCUCUCCUUGCACGUCGUGAUGUUUCUGCUGGCGGCUUGGAAAGGAGCGCGUAGAUACCGGCGCCUAAAGUCACCCUUGAUCAAGACAGUACUAGGCGGAGAGAUGGCGUACUACGGAGGGGUGUUCGCCUUGGAUGUCGUUGCGAGAUAUUACUCUCCUAAUGAUCCUGCCAGACUGAAGAUUCUCACCUAG